CAGCGACCGAGCGGGGCCCGGCCCGAGCGGGGCCUCGGGGUGCGACGCCGAGGGCGCGAGAGCGCGCGCCGCUGCUUCGGACCGGGCCGCGCGCGCCGCCUCAGGAACCAUUGCCAUUGCUGGAGCCCAACAGAAAGCCCAGCCAGUUAUCAGAACAUCUGUCUCCGCAGCCUCGCUACCCACUACGCACCAGGAACCUUGAAGUGUGGCCCGUCCCUCAGCUGCAGCCAUGGGGUCCGAGGAUCAUGGGGCCCAGAACCCGAGUUGUAAAAUCAUGACUUUCCGCCCCACCAUGGAGGAGUUUAAGGACUUCAACAAAUACGUGGCCUACAUCGAAUCCCAGGGAGCCCACCGGGCGGGCCUGGCCAAGGUCAUCCCCCCGAAGGAGUGGAAGCCACGGCAGACCUACGACGACAUUGACGACGUAGUCAUCCCGGCCCCCAUCCAGCAGGUGGUGACUGGCCAGUCGGGCCUCUUCACGCAGUACAACAUCCAGAAGAAGGCCAUGACGGUCGGGGAGUACCGCCGCCUGGCCAACAGCGAGAAGUACUGCACCCCCCGGCACCAGGACUUCGACGACCUGGAGCGCAAGUACUGGAAGAACCUCACCUUCGUGUCCCCCAUCUAUGGGGCCGACAUCAGCGGCUCCUUGUACGACGACGACGUGGCGCAGUGGAACAUUGGGAACCUGCGGACCAUCCUGGACAUGGUGGAGCGCGAGUGCGGCACCAUCAUCGAGGGCGUCAACACCCCCUACCUGUACUUCGGCAUGUGGAAGACCACCUUCGCCUGGCACACGGAGGACAUGGACCUGUACAGCAUCAACUACCUGCACUUUGGGGAGCCCAAGUCCUGGUACGCCAUCCCGCCGGAGCAUGGCAAGCGCCUGGAGCGGCUGGCAAUCGGCUUCUUCCCCGGGAGCUCCCAGGGCUGUGACGCCUUUCUGCGACACAAGAUGACCCUCAUCUCGCCCAUCAUCCUCAAGAAGUAUGGGAUCCCGUUCAGCCGGAUCACGCAGGAGGCGGGGGAGUUUAUGAUCACGUUUCCCUAUGGCUACCACGCCGGCUUCAAUCAUGGAUUCAACUGUGCCGAAUCUACCAAUUUCGCCACCCUGCGGUGGAUCGACUAUGGCAAGGUGGCCACGCAGUGCACGUGCCGGAAGGACAUGGUCAAGAUCUCCAUGGACGUCUUCGUGCGCAUCCUGCAGCCGGAGCGCUAUGAGCUGUGGAAGCAGGGCAAGGACCUCACGGUGCUGGACCACACCCGGCCCACGGCCCUGAGCAGCCCCGAGCUGAGCACCUGGAGCGCCUCCCGGGCCUCGCUCAAGGCCAAGCUCCUACGCAGACAAAUUAGUCUGAAAGAAAACAGACACUGGAAAAAGGCUGAGGAGGAGAGGAAACCAAAUCUAGAGAGGAAGAAAGAGCAGACCAGGAGGCCGGGGCUGGCGUCUCACCGGAAACGAAGCCAACCCAAGAAGCCCAAGCCGGAUGACCCCAAGUCUCCUGGCGAGGGGGCAGCUGGGGCGGCCCUCCCAGAGGAGGCCGGUGGCGGCGGGAAGGAAGAGGCCGCACCAGAGGCCGACCCCGAGGAGGACGAGGAGGAACCCCAGCUGCUGCCGCAGGGCCGGGAGGCCGAGGGCUCCGAAGAGGAUGGGAGGAACAAGCUGCGGCCCACCAAGGCCAAGAGCGACCGGAGGAAGAAGAGUUACGGCCCCCCGCACCCCCACCACCCGCUCCUGCCCCAGCUGCCACCACCCCUGCCUGCCCAGUUCCCCACCGAGGAGGCGCCGCGGCCGCCACCCCUGCUGGACCCCCUGGUGCCAGCCCCCGGCCCUGAGGCCACUGAGGAGAGCCCCCUGCCACCGCCCCUCAAUGUGGUGCCCCCUGAGGUGCCUGGUGAGGAGCCAGAGGUGAAGCCGCGCCCCAUCAUCCCCAUGCUGUACGUGGUGCCGCGGCCUGGCCCGGCGGCGGGUGACAAGGGCCGCGUGUCCUGCCAGCAGGCCUCUGAGCACUUUGCCCAGAAGGGCCCCAUCUGGAAGGAGCAGGCAGCCCCCAUGGAGCUGACAGGGCCCGAGGAGGAGAGCGGAGCUGGCGAGGUGCAGGCUCCGUCGCCCUUUUCCAAGUUGAAGAUGGAGAUCAAGAAGAGCCGGCGCCACCCUCUGGGCCGGCCGCCCACCCGGUCCCCGCUGUCCGUGGUCAAGCAGGAGGCCUCAAGUGACGAGGAAGCCUUCCCUUUCUCUGGGGACGAGGACGUGGGCGACCCUGAGGCCUUGAGGUCUUUGCUGUCCCUGCAGUGGAAGAACAAGUCGGCCAGCUUCCAGGCCGAGAGGAAGUUCAACGCGGCAGCUGCCCUGACAGAGCCCUACUGCGCCAUCUGCACCCUCUUCUACCCGUACAGCCAGUCCCUACAGACAGAGAAGGAGAUGCCCCAGGCCUCGCUCGGGGAGGGUCCCUCGGCCACAUCGCCUUCCAAAAGCGGCCAGAAGACGCGGCCGCUGAUCCCGGAGAUGUGCUUCACCUCCAGUGGCGAGAACACAGAGCCGCUCCCCGCCAACUCCUACAUCGGGGACGAUGGAACCAGCCCGCUGAUCGCCUGUGCCAAGUGCUGCCUGCAGGUCCAUGCCAGUUGCUACGGCAUCCGCCCUGAGCUGGUCAACGAGGGCUGGACGUGUUCCCGGUGCGCGGCCCACGCCUGGACUGCGGAGUGCUGCCUGUGUAACCUCCGGGGAGGAGCCCUGCAGAUGACGACUGACCGGAGGUGGAUCCACGUGAUCUGCGCCAUUGCGGUCCCUGAAGUGCGGUUCCUGAACGUGAUGGAGCGCCACCCCGUGGACAUCAGCGCCAUCCCUGAGCAGCGGUGGAAGCUGAAAUGUGUGUACUGCCGGAAAAGGAUGAAGAAGGUGUCUGGCGCCUGCAUCCAGUGCUCCUGCGAGCAUUGCUCCACCUCCUUCCACGUAACCUGCGCCCACGCCGCCGGGGUCCUCAUGGAGCCAGACGACUGGCCCUACGUUGUCUCCAUCACCUGCUUCAAGCACAAGUCGGGGGGCCACAAUGUCCAGGUCCUGAGGGCCGUGUCCUUAGGCCAGGUUGUCAUCACCAAGAACCGAAACGGGCUCUACUACCGGUGCCGAGUCAUUGGCGCCACCACGCAGACCUUCUACGAAGUGAACUUUGACGACGGGUCCUACAGUGACAACCUGUACCCAGAGAGCAUCACUAGUAGAGACUGUGCCCGGCUGGGACCCCCGCCCGAGGGGGAGUUUGUCGAGCUCCGGUGGACUGACGGCAACAUCUACAGGGCCAAGUUCAUUUCAUCCGUGACCAGUCACAUCUACCAGGUGGAGUUCGAAGACGGGUCUCAGCUGACGGUGAAGCGUGGGGACAUCUUCACCCUGGACGAGGAGCUGCCCAAGAGGGUCCGGUCGCGGCUGUCGGUCAGCACGGGGGCUCCGCAGGAAAGCGCCUUCUCGGGAGAGGAGGUGAAGGCUGCCAAGCGCCCGCGGGUGGGUACCCCUCGCGCCGCGGAGGACUCGGGGCGGAACCCGGACUACCUGGCCUUCAUGGAGAGCCUCCUGCAGGCGCAGUGCCGGCCCGGAGCCCCCUUCUAGGACAGCCGGCCGCCUGGCCACCCCUCGGCCCAGCAAGGCAGGCGCGGUGGGCCCUGGCAUUUGCUUGCUGUGAAUCCCUGUCCUCGCCUCCCCGGCCUGAGAGGCUACCUCGGCGACAGGAGCAAGCAGGACGCCGCACGCGCCCCUGGACUCAGGGAGCAGGGCCACGCGGGCUCUGGGGGCCUGCGGGGACACGCGCCACCCCGACGACCCAGAUUCGUAAACCACGUAAGCUCUUCUUCUCGAAAAGGUGCUACUGCAUUGCCUGCCUCCUGAGCAGCCUUUGAGAUUGUGACUUCUGUACAUAAAUCACCUUUGUGACGUUCUUUCUAUAAAUACCUAUUGUUUUAAAAAAAUGCAAGAAAAAAAGGAAAGAAAAGGAAAAAAAUCCCCAAAGUUGUUUUCUAGAUUUGUGGCUUUCGAAACAAAACAAAUCAAAACAAAACAAAAUGUCCUUUUUCUCAGAACCGGCAUAACUGCGGGAGAUGGAAGCAGCUCGUCUUUUUGUUUGUGGCGCUCUCCGGCCUCCCUGGUCUGUGAGCGGCGGGGAUGCGCUGCGGGCCUGGGGCCAGGGGAGGCGAGGGCCAGACGCCCGGGGACCCAGGACGGUGGCGCCGGGGAUCACUAGCUCUCCCGGUUGAUCAAGAGAUCGAGAAGGUCUGGGCGGCUGGCAUGGCCUCUUCGGCUGCCCGCGCCCAGCGGGAGGAGGCCGGCAGCUCCCUGGGUGGCCUCCCCGUCUGCCGGGGGGGCCUUUGCAAAAUAAAUGGUGGCUCCAUCUUCUGCUUCUUCCCCUCGGAGGACCAUUCCUAGCUGAGGCCUUGGGUGGGUGGCCCUUGGGGGUCUAGCUGUGGCCCUGUGUGGAGGGGCUCUUCCCCAACCCUGAGGGGCUGGCGGCAUUCUGGGUCCCCUCUGCGAUGCGUGGAUUCAUGUGUCCAGGAAAGAGAGCAUGAGAAAGUGUUGCUGCUUUCAGCUCAAAGGAAAGCUGCCUCUUAUGAGGUGUGGGCUGAAUUUCCGGGUGAAAAUGUGCAACUUGGCCCUGGGCCUGGGAACGAGGGAGCUGGCUCAGCCCACCCCCCUGUUCCCUGCAGAGGUAUUGAGAGCAUAAUUUGUAUUAAAAAAAAACCCGAAAAAUUUGAAAAAGAGGCUCUACCGGUUGCCAGGCCAGAGAGAACUGUGUAAGGAAAGUGGCGAGACCCUUCCUUGGUAGGGGGAGAGGCAGGUGCCCUGGACGGGCGGGCGGGGUGGGGGGGGUGCGAGGGGAGUCAGUGAAAUGUGGGGGUUCCCUCUGCAUGCAGCAGCCCCCCCCCAGCGCUGUCACUAUGUUCAUAUGUAGUUUGAAAAUGCUAUUUAUAUUGUAAAGAGAAUAAAAAGAAGCGGGCAGCCGCCUCUGCAGCCCAGGUGGGGCGGGAGGGCCAGCCCCAUGGCCGGUCCCUCUGGGCGGCACCCCGUCCGCUGGUCAUGGGUUCCCGGACAACUUGUGCAGACGGGGGGCAGCCCGGUGAAGGGAAGCGCACACUCUCCCCACCAAGAUAUAUCUGUGUCUAUGUUCGAAAAUGAAAAACAGUAAAACCCCACCCAUCCUGAUUUUUUUUCCCACCCGAGAUUAAGGAUGCGCUGUAUUUUUGCCUAAUUCCCCUGCCUCUAGGUUCAUAAUGAAUUAAAGGCUCGUGAGCACUGCGAGUUACAGCUCCA